AUGUGGACGUUUCCGCAGUAUAUUUAUUGGGCGAACAUUUGGACCCCAGUGGAACGGGUCAACUGGGCGAGCAGUCCCGAGGAAAGGAGACGGGUGGCGCACGACAGCGUGUUGAAGUUGGCGCAGAACGUACACGUCAAGGCCGAGUGGCAGCGAAGAACGGCUCUUGGGUUUUUUGAAGCCGUGGGCGAGUUGUUGUGUUGCACAACAUCAUCCUCGGUGGACACGGACGAGCUGAGGCUCUGA